AUGCGCGCAGUGGGGGCGUGCGUGUGGGCUCGGCGGAAUGUUCGCGAAAGUUGGCGAACACUCGCGUCUGUUCGAAAUGGUCUCCGUGAGUUCGGGAAGAAAGCCUGCUUCCUAGAUAAUCGUGCUCACGACGUUCAACCUCCAUUAAGAUCCACGAAGCAAUUCCACCGGAGAACAAGCAAAGAGCAGCAGCAAUUCACCAUGGGCAAAGACUACUACAAGAUACUGGGAGUGGGUCGUACGGCGACGGACGACGAACUCAAGAAGGCCUAUCGAAAGAUGGCCCUAAAGUAUCACCCCGACAAGAACAGUGAUCCAGGCGCAGAGGAGAAGUUCAAGGAGAUAGCCGAGGCCUACGAGGUCCUCUCUGAUUCUCAAAAGCGUCACAUAUUUGACCAAUACGGUGAAGAAGGACUAAAGUCAAAGGGAGGACCAAGUAGUGGUGCUGGCAGCUACACCUUCCAGGGAGACCCGCACAGGAUAUUCGAGCAAUUCUUUGGUGGGAGAGACCCGUUCAGUGCCUUUGGGAAUGGGUUCAGCAGCGGUGCAUUUCAGUUUGGAGGGCCCUCGAUGGGCCAGGCUUUUCAAUUUGGAGGCCAGGAGGGGAUGGAUUUCACUCCUAACGGCAGCAAUCCCUUCAUGAGUGGGUUUGCUGGGCCAAAGCGGCCGCGGGCACCACAGCAAGACCCACCCAUUGAGUACCCACUGUGUGUGACUCUGGAGGAGCUAUUUACUGGGUGCACCAAGAAGAUGAAGAUCUCAAGGAGAGUUCUGAAUCCUGACGGCACCACCACAAGCCAGGCCAAGGUACUGUCGAUUGACAUCAAGCCUGGUUGGAAGGCAGGUACAAAGAUAACCUACCCAAAGGAGGGCGACCAGGCAGUUGGUAGAACACCUGCAGAUGUGGCGUUUAUCAUCCAGGAAAAGCCUCAUUUGAACUUUGCUCGGGUUGGCAACGACUUGCAGUACACGGCCAACAUCUCACUGAACCACGCCCUCUGUGGGGGAUCAAUCGAAGUCCCUACCAUUGAGGGAGGGGUUGUUUCACUCCCGCUCACUAAAGUGGUCAAUCCUGAUACUCGCAAGAUAAUCCCUGGGCACGGAAUGCCGUUCUCGAAAGAACCGGACAAGAGAGGGGACCUAAUUGUCAAUUUCAAUAUUCACUUCCCUCAGCAACUUUCAUCGCAGACCAGGAGCCAACUCACCAAACUAUUACCUGUUGCUUGUGCAUCACAUUGCUAGGUGUUUUUUGUGUUCAGUUUUGUGUUCUUUAUGUUGUACUAUCGUGCAGUGUAGAACUGUCACCUUUCUAUCCAGUCUAUUCGAUAACGUCCGUGGCAAACUUUGCUCGUGUAAAAACAGACA